AGUGUGAAGUCCAUGAUUUUAUUUUUCCGUGGCUGUAGCUGUCGUCGCUUUGUAAUUAAAAUUAAAAGAAAAAUUAAUUUAAUUCACUACUAUUUCUACAUCAUGGAAAUAAACAAUAUAUAAUCAAACAAAACUAAAAAAAAAAACAUUUAAAUGAAAUCCAAUAUUUAUUGAUAAUAUUACCCAUAACACCAUUCAAACUAAAUACUAACUAUAUGUAUCAAAAAAAGAUUCCCUAAUAAACUAUACCUCACAAUUAACUUGCUACUCUCUAGCAAUUCUUAGAAAAAAAAAAUGAAUCAAGCUUGUAAUAACUUGAUAGACAACAACGUAACCAAUAUGUGCAACAAUAACCAAAACAAUGCAAACUCAAACAAUUCAAUGAAAAAUCGAAUAUGCCGUGACUUUGUCCGUGGCAUAUGUCGUCGAAAACACUGCAGAUAUCCUCAUGUUGUUUCACCCGAUUUGGUAGUGUUUUGUCACGACUACCAAAAUUCAACAUGCACCCGAGCUAAUUGCAAGUUCUUGCACUACACCAUCCAGGAACAAGAAUAUUACAAUGUCAAUGGCGAGUUUCCGCCAGAGGUGUCCGAAGAUAACCAAUCGAUUUGCAAUGAGUACGCAAUGUACAGGCGAUGUCGUCACAAGGACUGUUACAUGAUGGACAAAAGGCAAUCGCCUCCCCCAAUGAGACCAGUGGAAUGCAUAGAACGUCAACCAGUUUGCCAAUGGAAUCAUAAUGAAUACAGAGGAGAUCUAAUGGCACGCCAAGGAGUUCAUAUGAAUGGCUAUAGGGCGGCGGUUUGUGAUGAUUUCCCAUCAUCAUUGAAACGUCCAGCAAACGUUGAUACACUCGAGAAUUCGGCAGCAUACAAACGAUUCCGAGACGAUAUUGAAAGAAUUGACAUAGUUGCUUUAGUUCGGCGAUUUGAAGAGGAACAAGUUAUGCUAAGGAGACGUGUGGAAGCAAAUGAAAUAAAAAUCGCCGAACUUAGAGCUUCUAAUGAGUACUUGUUGGCCCAGAAUGCUCAACUCAGGCUCACCAAUGUCCAAUGCUCGGCUGUUGUCAAUCCGGUCACUAUGACACAAACAACUUCACAGCAACAAACACAACUUAUUGGCGGAGUAUCUAUUGCUCCGGUUCAAGUGCAGGCAACUCCAAUUGUUAGCAUUGCAACUCCGCAGACACAAAUUAUAACAUCGAGUGGAACUCCAUUGGCUAUUGCUGCUAAUACGUCACAAGGUCAACAGUUGGCUAUAUCACAGCAGAAUAUUACAUCGCUAUCGAAUACAACUCAGCAAUUAGCCCCGACGCAUGCGCAACAAAUUCUAGGCACAUCGCAAAUAACAUUGACACCUGCCUUGGCCCAAGGCUUGACCAUAAAUACGUCCCAAGCUCUUGCAAUGUCGAAUGCUUCUCAGCCUAUUAUUUCGUAUCCUAUUAUGACACAUAGCAUACUGCCUCAUUAAACAAAAUACCUACUGUACUCGAAUUGUUAGAAUAAUUAUAAUUUAUUUCGAGGAAAAACAUAUUUCUUUUCUUUUUUUUCAAAAUUAUUGUAUUUUAGAAAUAAUUUGAAAACUUUGAAUUAAAUAAGUCCGAAAGAGCAGGCCAAUGAAUUUGAAAUUAUACCUUGUAGUUAAUAAAUUGUGUGUUAAAUACAUAUAUACACUCAAAUUAAAAUUUAUGUCAGUAUAAAUGUAUUUAUUUUGAAUUACGUAAAUAUAAAUAACCUAAAAUAGAUAAACAAAAAAAAAAAGUUAAAAUGUAUCUUUAAAUGUUCUCCUACAAGAAUAAAAAAGUUAUGAAAACCCCUGAAU